AUGCCAUCGCAACAACAUCAACACUGUCGACCAUUAUCACCAAAUACUGAUCAACUGACUCCAAUGGAACUAGACCAGCCUGUUAAGACUGAUGGACUUGAAGAACAACAUACAUUACUACCUACUGCUAAAUUUGUUCAGCUUGAAGAAAAUAAAGAAGAAUUAUUACAGUUCAAUGGGAAGAUAAACGGAAAUUCCACUUGGAUUCUCCUCAAUAGUGGUGCAUCACGAAAUUUCAUUAGCAAAAAUUUUGUACAAAGACAUUGCUUAUCCCAAACCCCGACUGCGAAAGUAACUGUCGAGCUAGCCAAUUGA